GAGUUAGAUGCACUGACAGAUGAUUGACAGCAGCGCACAGCUUCGGAAUCGGCUGGUUAUUGUAAACAUAGACUUUGAUCAGUGUGAGUCACUGUUAUGGCUGCUGUUAUCAGACUUCUCUCACCGUGGGGAUUUGAUCGAUUCGUCCGAGACAGUAAAGCUGCACUCAUGGGAGCAUCAGUAGAAGAGUUCAACGCGGCCAAAGAGAAACUUGGAGCUCUGAAGAAGGAUCCAGGGAAUGAAGUCAAACUCACGAUCUAUGCGCUCUUUAAACAGGCCACACAAGGACCCUGCAACACCCCCAAACCCAGCAUGCUGGACUUUGUGAAUAAAGUGAAAUGGGAUGCGUGGAAGAGUCUGGGCUCCUUGUCACAGGAAGAGGCCAGGCGGCAGUAUGUGGAUCUCAUCACGUCUCUGGUGGGAGAAGAAGCUCCUGCGGUGGCAGCGCAGCCCACCGGGAGCACAAAGAGCUUCCAGACCCUGCUGAUCAGCACCGAAGACAACAUCACCACCAUCCGGCUCAACAGACCCGAGAAAAAAAACGCCAUCACUGCGGAGAUGUACAAUGAGCUAAUCGAAGCUUUGGAUCUGGCCGGAAAAGACGAUUCUGUCAUUACAGCGAUAACAGGCAGUGGAGAUUAUUACUGCAGUGGAAACGACCUGAACAACUUUACAAAGAGCCCUGAGGGUGGAGUAGAGAAGAUGGCUAAAGAUGCUGGGCAGUUACUGAGGAGGUACGUAAAGGCAUACAUUGACUUCCCCAAACCUCUGAUUGGAGUCAUAAACGGACCGGCGGUGGGGGUGUCAGUCACCCUGUUGGGACUCUUUGAUGUUGUUUAUGCCACAGAGAGGGCGACGUUUCACACACCCUUCAGUCAGUUGGGUCAGAGUCCAGAGGGCUGCUCUUCAUAUCUUUUCCCCAAAAUGAUGGGCGCAGCAAAGGCUAGUGAGAUGCUGUUGUUUAACAAGAAGUUGACGGCUGCACAGGCCUGUGAAGUGGGUCUGGUGACUGAGGUCUUUCCAGAAAGCUCCUUCCAGUCCGAGGUGUGGACCAGACUGAAAGCCUACGCCAAACUGCCCAGGAACUCUCUGGCUCUGUCGAAGCAGCUGAUCCGCGCGGUGGAGAAAGAGAAACUUUAUGCGAUCAACGACGCAGAGGUGGAGAGACUGGUGGAGCGCUGGCUCUCAGACGAAUGCAUGCAGGCCAUCAUGAGCUUCUUCCAGGCCAAGUCUAAACUUUGAGAAGAGUCCAUGGAGCCAUUCAACAUGCAGCCUCUUCCCAGAAUUAACUUUCUUUGGGAGUAGUUUUUCCAGUUAACCCUGUAUCCUACAAACAACAGGAAGAACCACCCAACUCAUAGGAUUUGUAUAGCAUUGAAUGAUGUAUGCAUAACAUGAGACAUUUUAUUUAGUCAUUCUGUCAUAACAGUUUAAUUAGACAACCGUAAAAUACAGUGUUAUAGAACAAAAUGAACCGUCUGUUCCAUUUACCGUACCAGAUGUGCACUUAGAAGAUUGUAACAUUCAGUGCCUUACUAAUGCGAAUGCAUUUGUGUUCUUUUAUAUGAGGGACAAAAUUCAGUGCUCUAUACUGUAUGUUCUGUUUCAGAUGCAUCAAUCUGUGACAUUUUGUCCUGAAUACAUUUUUAAUACCUGCUUAAAUACCUGUAAAUGUCUUGUUAGUGCAUAUUUCAUAUCAUAUGAAAUAUAUCAGUGUUCCUUGAAAUACCAUGCAAGUGCUCGUUUAUGAUCAGCUACAUUAGUAUAUAUAGUGCUGGUCGUAACUGAUUACAUGUAAUCUGGAUUACAUAAUCAGAUUCCAAAAAUACUUGUAAUUAGAUUAACUUGAAAUUUUAAAAUACUUGUACUCAUACUACAGCUACUUUAUUAUUGAUUACAUAUUAUUCGCACAAUAGCAAUUCAUUAUUCCAAAUUCUUCUUUUUCUUUAAACUCACAACCCUCUGCAAUUCCUUCACGAACCUUGACAUCAUGUAAUGU